AUGGCUACAACUGUAGCUCAAAAUGCUAGAAUAAAUUUCAUCACGGUGAAAUACCAGGCAUUUCAAAAGGGAGUUGAUCAUAUCGCGAUGUACGUUACUGUCGAACCUGACGCUAUUAAUGCUAAACUGCGACUCACUGACUUGACUGUGAAAAGAACCGAACUGACAGAACUUAUCGACGAACUGAUUAACAUUGAUCCCAAAAAUGAGAUCAUAAACUCAUUCGACAAUCUCAACGCUCAAUAUUACAACACUGCUACCAUUGUAACCAGACUAUACAAUGACGUUCAACAGCCACGAAUAUUACCCAACCCCUUAGCUAAUUCUACUAUGACUGCCACGAACAUCACGUGGGCUUUUUUUAAGAGUCAGUUCACCGCUCUUGUCCACAAUCAAACAGCACUCUCCGAUGAUGCCAAAGCUCACUACCUCUUCACGAGCGUGGUAGGAAGUGCUCGCGCGAAAAUCGACGAAUAUGAGAUGAACGCGGAAGAUUAUCUCAACGCCUGGCAAGCUCUUCUCGAUUUCUACGAUCACAAGCGUAUCGUAGCCACUCGUCAUUUGAAUGCCUUGCUCGACCUUCCCAGGGUCAGAAAGGAUAAAGACCAAAAGAAGGAAGUCACCCUUUCCGAAUUGUAUGAUUCAGCUCGACAACACAUUAAUGUCCUCAAACGUCUCAAUGUCAAUUUUGGCGAAGAUCUAGUUGUUCGUUGCAUCGAAAGAUGCCUACCUCCUUACGUCUACAGUCGUUGGAAUGACAAGUUAGAUGUUAAUAAGUUGCCAUUAUUGGAUUCUUUGUUCAAAUUCAUCCAGCGAGCCAUUUUCAAGCAGGAAGCAUUGGAGGAAUCCAAUGACUAUCAGUCUAACCCGCAAAAGUGUUCCGCUACUUCAACUCCUCAACGAGCUUCAAAAAUCUCCAAAACCUCGACCUCUUCUUUUGCCACUACGUCUUCUCAGUCGUCGACUUUGUCAGCUCUGACGUCGCGAACUUCUCUGGUUUGUCCUAAGUGUCAAGGUUCACAUCAACUGUUCAAAUGCGACUCUUUCAAAUCUCUUGAGGUCCAAUCACGUUGGGAUUUCGCAAUAAUGAACAAGCUUUGUUUCAAUUGUCUUUGGACCCACAAACUCCCGUGCAGUAGCACAAAAACCUAUAAAGAGUGUGGCAAAAGACACCACACCCUUCUUCAUAACACUAACACGUCCAAAUCAAAUGAGUCGCAACUGAUGACUACAGCCAUAGUCCAAAUCAAAAACAAUCGUGGUAAUCUUGUCAUGGCAUGUGCUUUAUUAGAUUCUUGCUCAACUGUAAACUUAAUUACCGAAAGGUUUGCUAAAUCUUUGCAUUUAUCCGAGUUUUCAUGUUCAGUUAACAUUGGAGCAGUUGACGAUUUGUGCACUGUCUCAAAAAAGUACAUUCAAGCUAGUAUCCAUUCUAAAUGUAACAAUUCUAUUCAACAAAUUCAACUUUUAAUAGUUCCAAAAAUAGCCGAAGCCGUGCCUAACGACGUUUUCCCACGUGAGUUUUUUAACAUUCCUAAAGGUGUUAAAUUGGCAGAUCCUCAAUUUCACUUACCCAAACCGAUCGAUAUCUUGUUGUCAUCUAGCGUCACCCUCUCUGUUCUUGCCGUUGGUCAGAUUAAGUUCCAACGGGAAGAUUCCAAAAUCAUUUUGCAAAAGACGACUUUAGGCUGGAUUGUGGCUGGUGGAAGUAUCGAUCAGUCAUCUUACAGUUCUACGUCUUGCAACAUAGUUAAAUUAGACAAGCUCAUCGAACGUUUUUGGCUGAUCGAAGAUCUUGAUCAUGAGCCUAAUAAAUCUCGUGACGAGAUUGCAUGUGAGCAACAGUACGUGACUCACACCAAGCUUGAUUCUUCCGGUCGUUACAUUGUUCGUCUUCCAUUCAGAGACUCCAAAUUUGAUUUGGAAAAUUCUAAGGCUCAAGCUCUCAAACGUUUAGAAUCUCUCAAAGCAAAAUUUGCGAGAAAUCCGUCAUUGAAGGCUGAAUACUCCAAGGUAAUGAAGGAGUAUCUUCCGCUAGGUCACAUGACUCUUUGUGAAGAUGACCAAGACGGUUAUUUUCUACCCCAUCAUGCGGUCGUAAAGGAGUCCAGUGAAACUACUAAAGUUCGAGUUGUUUUCGACGCUUCCUCAAAAACCUCCACGUGUAUUUCUCUCAAUGAUACUCUCAUGGUAGGUCCCACGAUCCAAAACACCAUUUUUGAACAGGUUCUUCGUUUUCGAACUCAUCCUUUCGUGAUUACUGCCGACAUCGAAAAGAUGUAUCGUCAGAUUCUCGUUCAUCCCGAUGAUCGAAAAUUUCAAAGCAUUCUCUGGUAUCAUCAAGGAGAAAUCAGGACUUUUCAACUCAAUACGGUCAUCUUUGGUGUGGCUGCAGCUCCAUUUCUCACCAUUCGCACCAUCCAACAACUUGCUCGUGACAAGGCCAGGGAUUUUCCAAGAGCCAGUAGAUUGCUCUUUCGUGACUUUUAUGUCGAUGAUUUCAUAUCUGGUGCAAAUACUCUUGAAGAACUUUUGGCAAUUCGUGAUGAGAUGAUAGCUUUGUUAUACCGAGGUGGCUUUGUUAUUCGAAAAUGGGCUUCAAAUCAUCAAUCUGCCCUAAAUACCAUUGACAAAAGGGUCUUCGAUCUCGACUGUGUUGUCAGAGAAGAUCCUGUCCAAAAGACGUUAGGUGUUGUGUGGGAUUCUCGAAAAGACACCUUACAAUAUUCUGUGAGUCGUAUCGAUCUUCAAGCUGCUUCCACAAAAAGACAGCUUCUAUCUGAAAUCUCCAAGAUUUUUGAUCCUUUGGGUUUAUUAGGUCCGGUCGUAUUAUUCGCCAAAGUCUUGAUUCAGGAUUGCUGGAGAGCCAAGAUUUCGCUUCCUCGACAAUUUUUAGUUCCAAAUCCAACUAGGAUUGAACUUCAUGGUUUUUGUGAUGCUUGUAACUACGGUUAUGGUGCAUGUUUGUUUUUAAAAUCUGUAGAUUCCUCGAACCAUGUGAAAGUUCGUUUGGUUUGCAGUAAAUCUCGAGUCGCACCCUUGAGUGGUGUGACAAUCCCCCGAUUGGAAUUGUGCGCUGCCUCUGUUCUCAAGAAACUUUACGUCGAUACGAAAUUCCAAUUCGAUUUCUUAAUCGAUCAAACAAUUUUUUGGUCUGAUUCCACGAUCGUUCUCGCAUGGUUAAAGAAAGCUCCUCAUCUUCUCAGAGUUUUUGAAUCCAACAAGGUUGCUGAUAUUCAGACUUUAGGUCAACAAGUUUCUUGGAGACACGUCCGUUCAGAGGACAACCCUGCAGACGCUCUUUCUAGAGGACAACUGCCAUCCGAUUUCCUAAAUAACUCACUUUGGACUUCAGGUCCGUCUUGGCUUUCCCUGCCUUCUCAGGAAUGGCCCCAAUCUAUUGAAACUUCUCUUACGGAACUUCCUGGUCUCAAAAAAGGAGUAUGUCUCUUAACAACGCCAAGUUCAUCGUUCAGUGAAAUUUAUUCACGUUUCUCCGACUAUGGUCGAUUGACCAGAGUGCUAGCAUAUGUUCUUCGAUGGAGACAAACGUCUCGUAAUCAAGGUAUUUCAACCACUCUUUAUGCCAUUCACAAUAAAUUCUUCAUCUUGAAUGGAAAAAAUCAAGUUAGGAGAGUCAUUCUAUGUUGCGUGGAUUGCAUUCGUCAAAAACCACCUACGCCUCAUGCUCAAAUGGGAGUUUUACCAGAACCUCGAGUCUCCGAAUCUCCGGCCUUCGAUCAUACGGGGGUUGAUUUCUUUGGUCCACUUCUUAUUAAAGAAAAAGCUCAUCGCAAUAAUUCCUUCCUCAAGGUCUAUGGUUGUGUUUUUGUAUGCCUAGCAUCCAAGGCCGUCCAUAUCAAACUGGCUCUCGAUUUAUCUACUCAAGGUUUCUUAGAUGCUUUUGAUCGGUUUACAUGUCGUCGAGGUCUUCCUAGUCACAUGUAUUCUGACAAUGGUACUAAUUUCGUAGGAGCAAAUCGUGAACUUCAAGAACUCUACGAUUUGUUCAAUAACCCUGAAUUCCACAAACAAAUCGGAGAACCUAUUGGUGUUAAUACGAGCAAUUUUGCAUUAGUUCCAAGUAAAGUUGCUAAAUUUUUGGAGUUGCUUGAUACGAAAUUGUGUGCAAGCCAUAGUUUUAGAAGGAUUUGUGCGACACUUUUUAUUGAUGCUAGGGCUAACAUUGAAAUUUUGAAAAGACGUGGUGGUUGGACGAAAAUUGUUGAAGGAUAUAUAGGAGAUUCUGUAACUAAUAAAAGAGUAGAACAGCCAAAGAGGAUGGGACGCUAUGUAGAGACUUAA